GUGUGUAAUUGAAUGAGAGAGAGUGCAUGCUUUUAUCAUCAUCGGUUCCGGUUUAUUUACCACACACGUUGGUUGGGCAGCAGUCAGGCAUGGGGAGUGUAAGUAGUAAAUCUACGGGCUGUAAUGCAUGGUAAUGUGUGAACUGUGGUUGGUUAUAAAAAUUGUCAUUAGUUGUUUGUAGAGUGACAACAAAACAUGUCAGAAUGGAACUUGUUAAUGGAUAGCUAGAACUGGAGGUCUACAGUGAGUGUUAUUCUACACAAAGGAUACAAGCCCACCAUCAGUGAAAAUGUAAUUUGCCAAGGAUCUUUAAGGAGUUGUAGUCACUCAACUAUCAUCUCAAAAUGCCAGAGAAGAAGCUCUCGAUAGUUCCUCCAGUGGUCACUGCAGAUGACUUGGAUGACUUCCUUGCAACAGAUGAUCUGUUUGUGGAUUACUUCAAUGCCUUCCUCCAGCUUCCCACUUUCCCGGAACCCCUUGUAUUCAACAAGGAGAAGGGUGGUUUCGAGGUGGUUUCUUCAGCUAAGCAAGCCUUGAAGGAGAAGAUUAAAUCAUUGGUUCGCUCCCAGCAGAAACCCAAUCCCAUCUACAGCGCCACCAAGAAACUCAUGAAGUCCAAACUCCCUCUUGGGGCCAAGCCUCAGAGCGGUCCGCAGUACACCGAAGAAGAUUUCGAUAUCAAGACAAGUUUUACUGUCCAGUGCUUAAACAAAGAGCAAGGAAUACAAUGGAUCAAGGAGGAGAGAUUGCCAGCCUUCUUACAGAGUGAUUCCUACUUGGAGUUUAGACUAGCAAAGCUAGUCUCUCAGGUAGAGAUUGCAGCCAAAGACAGCGACGUUCCUCUCCGAGCAUACAUUGAUCCUUCCUUCAAACCGUUCGCCAUCGAGAAACCACCAGUUGUCGAACCGCCCCAUGUUGAUGAACAAGGCAUCGCCAUGCGAGAUAUGUUUGUGUGUAUGGGAGACGCUCAUACUACUCAGGCCAAGGAAUGGUUCAGCGAUGUGAAAAUGAAAACUGGAACGUCGACCACUAAUUCAGUACGGACACGAACAACUGACGGUUUUGGCGGGUCACGCCCGCCAAGUGGGCGACCAUUAAGCUCCGCCGGUGGGCGGCCGAUGAGUUCAACGAGUGUCAGACCUAUGAGUUCCAUGAGCGGUCGCCCUCUCAGCUCUUCCAUGAGUGUCUGGGAUCAGGCGACGGCAGAUAGCGGAAUUGGAAGCCCUUGGCGGCAGGACUCGUUCAGUAAUUCGAACUUUGACCCAACGAGUUUUGAGGACAUUCCAAACAGCGACAGAAUGUUUCAUAGUCCGCCAAGGUUACGCUCUCCGCCAGUAUGGAGACCGCCGAUCGGCGAAGAUGUGUGUGUCGUCGCUGCGAGUGCUGGAAGGAGCUACGGGGGACCAGUUCAUGUGGAUCCAGUGGGAGAUAAACAGAAAGUGGUGGUGGAGGAACCUUUGACUGACGAUGAGCAAGAAGAAAAGAUGAGCAUGGAAAGUGGGUUUGACGCUGAGAGCCAACAGUUGAACAACAGCGGGGAUGAAAACGAGGAAGAAGAUUUGCCCGAUCUGCAAUCGCAGACGAUCAAAGUCUCCAAUGUGGAAGACAUGGCCACCGUCGUCGUAUCGUUUGCAAUGAAAUCAGCCAUUACCGUGGCAACAGAUUAUUCCCAAGAUGAAAUUAACUCCUAUAUUGAUCAGAAUAUCUUACAGUCGCUCGAUGUCAGGAGUGUAGAUCUGACAGAAGAUGCUUUAGAUUUGAUCGAAAUCACGCAACCCACCGAUCAAAAGAGACCCUCUAUACUAAAAAACAGUUUAGAUGUUGCCGAGGACUUGCGAUCAAACAGUCGCAUCUCCAUGGCAACGACUGCCCAAGAUGGCGGAGAAGAAGAUUCCUUAUUCGACAGCGACAAUGAAAAUGAUACCAAUGAGCAGAUUGAUCCGUUCUUCUCCAAGCCGAGGUUUAGUUUUGACUUCAGCAACAAGAGAGGGACGGAUGCCUUCAAGAGGUUUUUGUGGGGUACAGCAGGAGAGAAGAUAUGGAACUUGUGGCUGGAUGUGGACAGGGGGCAGAUGAUUGAAGACAUUGAGGUUCAGUUGCAUUUUAUCGGGCAGUUGCGAGAUAAGUAUCUGAAGUCUGGAGGAAUUUGUGAGUUACCUCGGGAAGUCCUCCGAUCUUUGGGACUGGAGUCUCCAUCAAAAUGGAGGGCGAUGGACAAACUUGCCAAACUCCAGCCUGAUGUUGCUGCACCACUUCUGCUGUACUGGGCGCCACGGUUCCUGAUGCGAGAAAUGUACAACAGUAGCAGCGGCCCCAACAGCAAUACCACGAAUCAAAUCUACAACCGACAGAAGCUUCUUAGCAGCAGCAGCAACAGCGGCGCCGCUUACCCCGAGCCAAAGACUGUCACAUUACUCCCCCUCAGACCUAAGACAUGCUGGCCUAGGUUAAGGCACAGCUUCAGUCAACAAUCAACAGAGAGUUCGUCGAGAAGGACUGACCAAUCUCCAAGCCCUCCAAUGCCUCGUAAAACCCAACGUAGCAAAACUCUCCCGACCCUCCCCGUGUCGAGCCUCAUGACCUCCAUGACAGCGAAGAAACCCACCCACCAUUCUAAGAUGGCUUCCCCAGCCACUCCCCGCAACAUCACAAUCAGUAUCGGCUCUGGGAUCAAACCAAGCCCCCCGAGAUCCCCAGCUCCCCCGAGGUCCCCAGCUCCCCCUCAAUCGCGCCCGCCGAGUAAAUGUGAGGCUUCACCUGUUGAAAUGGCUGCCCUUGAUCUGGAACAGGUUGAGGAAGGAUUUGGUGGCAGACGUGGGAUCAGUCAUGAGAAAUUAGUGACGAUAGGAUCUGAGGAGGUUGUAGCUGCGAGCAAGCCAGAGAAAAACAAAAAAAGGCCGAAUACACCACACAAGAAGCGUCCGUCUUCAGCCGCAUCUACAGUGAGCAGUAUUGGUUCAGAGGAGAGUGAGUUCUUCGGAGGACGUCGGAUGGAGAGCCUCCUGGAGGGACUCUUCCAUGAGAAGAAGGCUGGAGGAUUCUUUAUGGCGUAUCUUGAGAAACUAGAGAACCAAACGCUGAUAAACUGUUUGAGUUGCUGGCAUGAGCUGCAAGACUAUCAUGCUCUUUUCUACGCCGAUGCCUUUGAUGCGUUUACUCUAAACAGAAAAGCACAGGCAAUCAAUUCCAAGUAUAUCGUUCAGUGUUGUUUUUACGACAUCGAGUGCCCCUCUGAAGUCAGAGCCCAAGUGUAUCGGGAAGUGUCGCCCCCAUUUGAAGAACUAUUUGAUGGUGCGGAGGAACACAUUCUGCAGAUGCUUCUCAAGCCAUGGUCGGAAAUGAAAUGUAGUGAUACGGUGCUGUAUAAUAAGAUUGAGUUGAUUUCUGAGGAGAGGAAACUUGACGCACUAAAAUCCAGACAGCUGAAGAGUCUGACGAGAAGAGGUUUUAUAAAAGAGAGAAUUGCGACUCCAGAUUUCUUGAUGGACGAAGACGAUGAGGGGAAGCAAGAGGCGUACUACCAGGCACUCCGAGAAAAAAUACCGGAAGAAUUCAGAGACUUUGACUUCAAUAAACUCAUCCAUAAUCGCCUGGAACUUGAUCACUUCAGACAAUUCUUAGAGGACAACUAUGCCAUUACUGAUCUGAUGUGCUGGAUGGACAUCGAGUCCUUCCGUCGGACUCCGUAUCUUGAAGCUAACAAGAGAGACUCCAAAGCCAAAGACAUCAAGAGUAAAUACCUGAAUAAGAAGUAUUUCUUUGGACCUAACAGCCCAGCCUCAAGACCUCAGCAGAACCUGGUGAUGCAAACUGGAGGAGGAUGGGGGAAACUGCUCCUUGAUAGACCCCCAGACCCAAUCCUCAUCGAAGCACAGAAGUACGUCCGUCAACGCCUAGAGCGGAAGUGGCUACCCAUGUUCCUUCAGAGGGAAGACUUUCAAGAUCGACAGCGUCCUCAUAUCAAGAUGGAGGACGUAGUCAGUGAUGUCAUGAACGCCAAGAAGCUACGCUCAAUGGCUAUUUAUAAGAUUCUUGAGGGUCGCUGGGUGUCCUCAUCUCGUGACAUCAUCAGUUUCCGUCAGGCAUUGAUGAACCCAGUCACCUGCGGCCAUUUCAGAAAGUUUGUCUCUGUCAAGGGAGAUAAUCUUGAGAACGAUGUUCUUUUCUGGCUGGAGGUCCAGAAGUUUAAGGAUAUGUAUCAUUCCCACACGGACGAUUCCUUGAUCCAGCAGAAGAUCCAAGCCAUCUUGCGUUGUUUCAUCGUAUCAGAGAUUGCUCCAAAUCUUCACAUUGACAUCACGCCUGAGAUGGCAGAGAAGAUUAUGGAUAAGAGACCUCGUGAGAUGGGACCUUACGUCUUUAGAGAAGCUCAGAUGACUGUCUUCAAAGUGCUUUUCCAGCACUGGGCGGACUUCCAGAAGUUCCGCAAUAACGUCUCAGAGGAGAAGAUGCUGAAUGACCUAGAGAGGAAGAGGAGGAAAAUGAGACGGAAGGAGAUGGAGUUGAGACGAUUGGAGGAAGAGAAGGAGGCACGGAAGGGUGAUGAAGAUGAGAACAGUGUAGACUCCAAACUGCUGGGUCAUCGUUUCAGCGUCUUCCCAGAUUUCUUAGAUGAAGGUGAAGAUGAUGAAGAUUACGAAGGACAGGAGAAAGUUGCGUGGAAAUAUUCCGAUUAUAUGACGGUGCUGGAUAGAGAGCAACAAUUACUCAACGGAGAUGACAGGGCAUCGAGUAUUCUCUCUGCUAUCGAGAGUUUAACCGAUGAGCAGAGUUCUCAGCAACGAUCAACGCGGACACCUCAGAGUGACCAGGGUACAGUGUCAUCCGAAAAAGGUUCAAAAGGAAAGACAAAGAAGAGCAAAGGAGACACCGGGAUGCCAGGAAAGCCAGCCAAGAAAAAGGUCACAAUGAAUCUGCCAUCUAAGGUCGAAGGUCAAGAGUCAAAAACAUCAACCAAUGGGAAGGAAUCUUUGUUGAAUGGACACAACAGAGACAAAGGCAAGAAUAAAACGGCCGCUGUGAAUGGUGCAAGAAGAAAAUGAAUCAGCCAAUGAGAUGAAAUCUUUGAGUUUUAUUGUUUAUAAACAGAACAUAGCCGCUACAUGAUCAAAAAAGUAAGUUAUUUAAGACAUUGUAUACUUUUGUUGAGUUACCAGAAAAGUAUAACAACUAUCUUUUGUCACCCAAGAUUUUAAAUUGCGGAAAAACUUUCCCAAUUGAUGCAAGUUCCGUAUUGAGAUAUUUUUGUAAUUGCUUCCAAAUUUUACAACAUUCCAAGUUUGUGCUUUAAAGCCGGACACUAAUGUCAAAUUGAGCAACAUUUUAAGGGACCAAUUAUUUUAGGAAAAGAGAUUUCCCAACAAAGUGCUUUAUCCGAAUACGGAAUGUUCAAAUUUGUAUCGAAACAAAAAAUAAUAAAAAAAUUCUUUCGCUGAAUUUCUACUCUGAACAAAGUUUUUCAUCAAACAAGCAACCAAGUCAUUUUAAAAACACUUUUGACAAUUUUUAUUUUGGAACAAGUUUAUGGCGUGAUGUUAUGUAAAAUAUAUUGCAACAAGUUUCUGGCGUUUUGUUAUGUAAAAAUGUGUACAAUGUUUAUACACACAAAUAGCAUGUAUUUAUGUUGACUGUUCUGUUUCUAAUGUAUAUUUAUGUCACUUCAGAAUUACCGAAUGAGACUGUAUUUAACUUUAGUAAUUUGAAAACAUGAAGACGCCAGUGCCUUAAAAGUUUACUUUAUCUUGUUCUGAUACCCACUGUCUGUUUCUUUGAGAGUGAGGCCGCGUCAGAAUUGGUGACUACAGCUAGGGCUAGCAUCUGAAAGCACACAACUUCGUGUGACAAGGGUGUUUUUUCUGUCGUUCUAAUCUCGCAACUUCAAU